AUGCCCCAGCACAUAUCUGGUGCCACACAUCCGGUUGUUAUUCUUGUCAUCUGUUCCCUUCUGACAUACAGUGGGGGCGUACUGGUCAUGGAUAAGGAACAGGCCGAUCGUGGCUCCUUUCAUCCAUUGGCGUAUGACUGUAAGUCUGUUCUGCUAGUUAACCCAGUAACAGGAUCUCUUUGUCUAUACAUAUACUCAAGUCGUUUAUUGAGCAAUAUCAUUUCGUUGCGUCUUUAUGAAAAUUGAACAGGUGACAUGUCCACCUCUGAUAACGACUUUUUCAAAUAAAAGACGGAUAGAGCAAAUUCACUAAAGCUACAGUAUCGCUAUGCACACAUGCACAAGUGAUAUGAUUUUGUUACUUCAUUGCUGUAGAAUCUACUUCAGAAAUGUUUGAGCAUUUACUGGAAAGGCGCCAUUGUCUAAUAUAUCACAAAAAAACUAACUGAUACAAUUUUUAGUCCCACAAAAUGACGGUACUUAUUAUCCUGUUAAAUUUAUAUAUAUAUAAACAAUGAAAAAACAUGACUUUUCCAAACUGCCGAUUUCUGAGAAAACUUUAAUCUAUGUUUAAAUCGGUUCUUCCAUAGUAAGUCUGUGAGGAAAGGGACUUUUGCAAGACUCCCAUCUGUCUCUCGCAAAUUACAACCUUUGACUAAUGUUCCAAAUGCUUGAGGCGCACAAAACAUUGACAUCUUUGUUUACUAAAUUAUACUGACCUAAGUAAUUAAGCAAAUGCCAAACUGUUUCACCAAAAUGGUUUGGAUUUUUAUUUUAAUGGUAUGUUAUGAUAUUUUUUAAAUGACUUUUCCGAAGCCGACUGACAGUCUCUUAAACUCGACUAAAGAGUCGGCAAAUCUGCGAUGAUGACUCAGGUAUUAUCUUUUGUCCUAUGUAAGGCACUGGUGUGGAAAUGAUCAUGACUAGGGAACAGGUCGUGAACCGCGCCUUGUACAGCCAUUAAAGUUGUGUUCAAUAGAUCUUAUUUUCUCAAAUAUAAGGCUGUGGUUGCUGUCAAGUUUACUUUCAUAACAAUCAAACAAAUACUAAUAUAUUGGCCUAAAUCUGACAUUCAAGAAUUCCCAUAUCUCAUGUAAGCGAUAAAACUUGAUUUUCCCAUUCUUCUUUACCUGGAUAUCUCACCGGAAACACCUGUUAACCGAGCAUAUCAAUUAAUACCAUUUUACUUGCUGUUUUAAUUCGACUUUAUGACUUCAGGUUGUUUGCUCUGGUUAGGACACACAAAAGAAGACUCAACUCGCAUAAUGCUUAUCCCCUAUUAACGGAUGUGCAUCUAAAGUUCUGCCAACAGACUCCAAUUUUAUGUGGCAUUUUGUUCCAUUCACGGUAUUCCAAAGUCUAUUGGUAUUGAGCAGACUGAUACCACCUGUACCCCCAGGGGCGAUAACCAACAAUCACUAAUGCUGUAUUUAAGUUACUGAUUACUGACAGUCACUUUUUAAUAUGGAUACACCUCAGCAGGGUCUGGUUUCUGCCAAUCUUUUCUCCCUCAGCUGUAGAAUAUUUAACUGUGAACUGAUUGACAUCAGUAUACUGGCGUAUUUCAGCGAAACAGCGCAAUUUCAAAAAACAUUUGAUUGUCAGUUUCGGUCCAUCUCUUCAGUAACGCAUAUUAGACUUAUGCAAAUUCACAUCUUCAGCGCGUAGUCUAUUUUUGAAGAUAAGUAUAUCAAACUACCAUGUGUACAUUGGUUAAUAUUGCUAUACUACGUGCAGACUCCCAUUAAGAGUCUCAUAAUAUGCACGAAUUUUGUGGUCGGACUAGUAAUCAUUGAUUUGACCUCUUUCAAGGCCAUUUAAGCCGCCGAUCAGUAUUUUCAGUGCAGUCACACCUUCUGGGACGCAUUAAGACCCCAGUUCUGAGCAGCUUGCUCAUUCUCCAUUCCUGUAUACACAAGUCAAGUUUUAUGGCGCCGUGGGUUGACUGAAAGCUUUUUAGGCCCUCCAAGGCAUGCCUUUGCAUUGCAACCUGCUUAUAGCCUGUUGCCUCUGCACACUUACAGGCAUUUUUCAUUUCCGCACUGUCACGUUGUUUUGGCCCUCUGACCGACUUAUGGACCUUACUCCGAACUCUGCCCAGGUUGCCGGUGCGAAAGCUGACUGAGCGCGUUCCCCGACCCCGCUUUCCGCACAUUCCCUCCCCCGAUCUUGUCGCCACGUACGUGCGCCGGUGUCUUGCACCCUUUUCGUGUAUAGAGCUCUUUUCAGGCUCGAUAAACGGCGCAGAGCGUCUGAGCGCAGGCUAUCCAGAAUGCGACCGAUCACACCUCCACAAAUGUGGAAUAAAAUUAGGAGGGAACUUUAGGGUAGCCGUAGUCCAGGCCACCGUUGAUGGCUAGUCUAGGGCUUAAUCUAAUUUGCUUUGUUCGACGGUCGGAACCAUAGUAUUUGCUGAACCCAAUUGCGCACAACAAAACAUGCCAUUUGUGGGCUGGGAAGUGCGGUCCUGUUAAAAAUAGUGUUUCAGUCUUCUGUAUUCUCAAUUUAUUCUCAGUUAGAACCUCUUGCUUCUUAGUUCCGAACCGGCAUUGUUUCCUAAUGUUGCAAGACGAUUUUGUUGAUAAUGGGAAGCUAACAAUUGAUCGAACUCUUGCUCGGGUUUGCUUUAUGCUUGAAUCCUUUAUAAUUGUGGCAUGAGAGAAUCGGUACGUGAGAGAAAACUGUUGCCAACCUGGUAUUUUCACGAGUGUCGAGUGACAGAACGGAAAGUUCAGAAGAUUUAUUGUGGUGUACGCCGGUGUACGUCAUGAAUAAAGUUCCCACUUCAUAGAGGAAAGUAAUCAAUGUUUUGUGGGUAUUUUUAAGAAAAAUCACCUUGGCUUUUAGAUUAGUGUGUCGUUUACCACUUUAUUCCUCUUUUGUUUGAAUUGCUGGCGAAUUAGAAUAGGGAUCGCAACGUUUGGCUUUCAUGACAAUUUCAAAGGAGGAUCGCAUACUGAAUCGAAAAACUUCGACAGAUAGAAGCCUUUUAAUGCGAGUUCAAGGGUAAGUAUUAGGAAAUCCUGUGCUGGUCCUUAAUAAGCAAUCCACUUCUAAAAUGAAAAAUAAUGUCGCCAAAAACAGCCGCUUUACGUGAUUAACAUACUUACAUACUCCUCAGACAAUGCCCCUAAAAACUAUAGAACAAAAGGUCGUCUGAACUUGCAUGCAGCAAUAUAAACACUGUAGCUGGCAUACAGUUUCCCAUAACACGCAAAUUCAGAAAAGGUUUUCUGGGUGCAGAAAAAAAUAGGUAUUCCAGAUUCGGUUGUCAUAAUCCAGCCUGUGACUAUAAUGUUGGUGUCAGUUGAAACAGAAUAAUAUUCUUCCGACGAAAACGUUGGUGAUGCAUUCAAAGGCCAUCAGCUGAGUAGCUUUUUUCACAGAUAUGGUGCGUUUUAUUUACUCGAACGAUAUCUAAUCCGAUAGUGCAUAGACUAGUUCAUAAACUGUAGGGCAGCUUAAGUUCAUGAUAGCCCCAUCAGCUACAAAUAAUCACAGAUGACAACCCUUUUUCUUAAAUAUUAAAAUUUUACUGUUAGCAAGUUCAUUAAAGGAUCGUUCCUGAUUUCUUUCAUCCUAGUAUUUAGUUUUUGCCUGAAAGUCUACCACAAACACGUAACGCUCAGCCAGAUGUUCGAAGGAUCUCAGCUAUACGUUCUCUAGUGCAACACAGUUCCUCACUUAGUCAACGAACAUUUAGCAUUGACUGGACUUUAGGUCCACUUAAUGCCACUUCACAUCCGUGGUUCACAAUUGGGACUUCUUAGGCGAUGGGUUGCCAGAUACGUACAGCUAAUCACCACAGGGCUACACAUUCGAAAAUGCAAUGCAUAUUUUUUCAGGUUUUUUCAUUUGUCCUGACCGUGCAACAUUCGGCCGUCGAUUUCGAAGAUGUCCGCCGUGUGCUCCACAGCAUCGUGAGAGCAGGGACGAUGAUUGGCAAGUUAAUUAGUUGAUAGUGAUAGUAACCCUUCACAGCAUCCACCUCAUGCUCUCCUGCUCCUCACCUUGCCCUGGUGUCAAGACAGAGUCAAGAAGAUCGGAGGCGGGAGAGGCGGCAGGUAGCUGGCACAGCAAAAACUUGCAUCCAGGCGUACCGCCGCAUUCCCUGGUCCCCAAGGGAUACUGACUAGGAUUUUAUACGACAACAAAAAUGGAUGGGAAGCACGGAUCCCAAAUGGUGCGACGUGAGCCGCCAACUGGGCCUGGACAUUUAGUAUGCGUGCGGACUCCCGAUGGCCCCUGCCAGAAUCCUGCGUAGCUCCUAUGUUGGUCCAGCACGUGGCCCGUUUUAGAAAAAUUCCAUAUAGCCACCAGUUGUGCAGUCACUUUUAGUAUUUAAAAUUUCUCGGCCACAUACUGAGAAUUCUUUCAACAAGGCUUUCAAAGCACUCAUGCGAAAAUUCCGAGGUCUAUAUGAGUUCGACCACGUGCUCAUGUUUAGGCGAAUCAUUUCAGAUUGAAAUCAAAUCUUAUCCGCCAUAUUUUCGUGAUGUCCUUUCAACUUGUCGUAAUGCUGAAACUUCUCCUUCACGUUGAUAAGAGUGGUUUGCCGGCCUCUGUCUCGCUGUCAAAUCAGUUCUUAUCAUGGCAGUUGUGUGAAGUCUGGUAGGGAUGGAAAAGUGUCUCUUAUAAGGGUUGCUAGUAUUUUAAUGUAAACUGGCUUAGUCAGAGUAUUAUGGGAGUUGCAUUGGUAUCCCAUGUAUAGCUAGUUGUACCUGUCCGUGUUGAGCGAAACGAUGACUUCAGAAUCUCAUUUUGUCUGGGAUUUUCUAACGUUUUUAAAAUAUUAGAAACGGUAGUGAUGCAGCCUUGGUUAUAAAUUCUGUGUAAAACAAACCGUCUGCAAAAUGCAUUUCCUCUCCUUCCCGACCGUAUCUUCCCGUCAAUAGGACCAACGCUGAUUACGGAGUUAGAAUAUGCUUCAUCUUAAGUGGACUUUUUACAGCGAAAUGCGGUCAACAGGAGAUUUCUGCUUCACCUAGUACUCCUUCUAUUUCGCUUUACUGGAGCUGUUUGACUGUCUUCAUUUUGGUUCUUGUGCGUUAAGUAGGUCUGUGGGCUGAGAAAGCGGAGCAAGGUUGUUUGCGCGUCACAUUUACGUUGCUUCUAAAUACAAAUUCACUCAGAAUGCAAAAGCAGUUGCAGAGUUGCAUUCGGUGACAAUAGGGUGUAUGGCCUCCAAGUAGAUGGUAACGUCAAAAGUAUUUCCUAAAGUUCCUUGUGACUAUAAUUAUCAUUCCUUAUUCACCGUUCCCAUUGUUUCAAAUUUCCUUACCUUCCUGACUAAAUGAAACUUUACCAGCGGCGCUUUAUUCAAAGUCCGUUCUUUUUGAAAGUUUCUUAUUGCCCAUUUUUUAAUUAUCGUGCCCACUUUCCUUGCCAGAUUACAGCGUACGACAAGACUUUCGGCAGAAAUUUAUCUAUCUUCUGUGCCUUCUUGCUCUCCGUCCUGUGCUUUGUCCCAAUACGUAAAACUCCUUCUACCGCAGUUCAGCGUAUGACACGGUCCACACGCUAGUUCAAGUUAGUUGGGGGUCCCACAACCUAUCGUUACCGUGUAUUCUACUUGGGGGUGUUUCAUUAAAGGUCGUUUGGUCAGAAUUGAGAUGUGCAGGUGUAACCUUACCUAAUUAUCGUUCCAUGGUAUCUUACUACGCUUGCGGUUAUGAUAUCUCUGCUCAGUGACAGGAACCACACAAGAUGUUUGCGAAAUAUGCAAGAGACUCUUACCUGCAAUUUGAUUUAGCAUUCCUAGACUAGUCCUUCUGAAUACUAAUGUUUUCUCUUCCUACUGCUUAUAGCUGAACCUUAAAGUUAUAAUACUAAAAUAUGAUAGAAAAGUACUAGUUGAAAAGGUAAGGGAGACCACCUAAAACAGGCCACGUCGGAUUUGCGCUACGUCGACAGAGAGGAUGGAUUAGGGCAGGACACGUAUUAGUCGGGUUACACAGAUCCUCCGCAGUUCAUAACGAAUGUCACGCGUUAGGGGGCACGUCUGGGCGCAGGCUUAUGCCGCACCAGCCACCAGCGCUUAAGCCCUGCAUCAGAGGCCUGGUUGGCUCGGACAACAGACUGGUGCAUGGAGGCAGGGAUGGGAGAGCAGGGUCGACACUGCGGAAUCCUUUUCCACGACACUUCAACGCAUUUCUCACGUGCUUGAUAGUAUCACCUUGCGUUAAAUGUCCUGGCUUGGAAGCUUGUCAGUUGGCAGGGCAAAUCAGUCUCCUAAAGUUGGAAAAUCAGGCUGAAAUGGUUCCUCCUUAAUGUGGCCUAUACUGCCCUUAAGAAAUUUGGCUACCGUGGUCUGUGAAGCAAGAGGAGGGACCAGCUUGUGUAUAAGCCGAUAUUGCAGCUUCCGCACAUGAUGUCCCUCCGUAGAUGGAACCGCGAACACUUCAAGACUACUCGGACCGGCGUAUUCUACCCACUGUUUCGUCAUCCGUCGAUUGCUGAGGUGCAGCAGCUUCUACGAUCGGAGGGCUGUUAGCCGCGAUAACGGACUUGGUGCAGAGAUUGUUUUCCUAACACUGAGGUGGACGCGGAGCCGUCUAAUCAUAGAAAAUCGGUUUCCGUGUAAAAGUAAGGUGAAGAGAGUCUGAUCGACGUCUAUUUUCCUCGGCCAACUGGUAUGCAAUAUUUGAUGCUGUAGUGCUGGUGGACGUGUACCUCAAAUUGACUGCGCUGAGUCUGGUUGGGUCUCGUUCAUAACUAACCAUGCGCGUAACAUGUGCCAUGCGGCAGUUCACGCCAUUUCGGUCAGCGUGCCUAGUCUCAUCACCAGCCCACCAGAAGACUCGGAUGGGCCGCUGGUACACGGGUAAGGAGGAGGAGUGUGGGACCAAUACUGAAGUACUGCUCAUGGCUAUGAAUAGCGUUCCACAUUAAAAUAAAAGGCACGUCCUUCUGUUUGGUAACGUUAAACUGUUACAUCCUAUCACUUCAGCCAGAUCACCACUUUUAUCCCCAGUCGGUUCUACCUAAGCGGGCCGCUGAUAUCUAAACGAGGGAAGAUUACUUGAGCUCUGCCCACCUUGGAUCCACCCCAGUUAUCCUCUUAAGAUAUGCAUGAAUGCACGAAAGUAUGCUUUCAACAUACUCUAACAUAUUAAUAAUCGUAUUUGAAAAGCCUGCAACGCAGGAAGUAGUUCAGUCCUUCUCUCUCUUGCGGGUGAAUUUGUGAUUACUCUUUCGCGAAGUGACGUUUUUAGCACUCUCGCCUUUGAGAGACUUGGUACCACCUCUCUUUUUGAACAAUGGCUUAUGCAGAUUUAGGGGACUGCACAUGGGUGACACGCGUAUCACGGUCGUUUAUCCUCUUUAGCCACUUCGGCUACGUUCUUCACCGGUCUUCUUUACUCUGACUCGCUAUUGGAACGCUCUGUAUGAGAAGAAAGCAUGGCGUAGGCGCGGCGAAAGUCCGAUUCGCUUUGGAGAGAUUUAACUUUUUGUCAUCGUCCCAUAUCUAGAAUGUAAUAAUUCUCGUAUCUCGCGAUGGGUGACCUUGGGAACGAUGGUUUCCAAAAUAACCUUUAAGGUAAAUUUGCGUAGAUGGCAUGUCUUGCUUCCUUGCCGCUUCUCUACAGUGAUUCAUGUUUAAUUCGUCUUCAACUCUGUUCUUUACGACAGAUUGUUAUUCUUUUCAAUCCUAUUAGGGAGUGACCCGGGACUCCUGGUUUAUAUCAAGGCCUUCAAAUAUAGGGAUGUAGUAGGAAAUCUAUUUGUUUUAGCCUUGCAGAGCUAUUGAAAUUUUAAGUCGAUUUGAAGUCUUGAGUAUCGUGAAUCACUCCCUAUCCUUCCAACUUCAGAACCUUUGGAAGACAACUAAAGAAUAAGUAAUUUAUAGUUCUAAUUUGACAGUAGCGGACAUUCCAUGUACAUGUGUCAUAGAGCAGCGUGCUGAUGAGGAUGGAUUUAAACCACCAAGUUAGGGCUGAUUCCGCGCGACAGAAUGCAGCUCGCGAGUGGUCAGACUGGUGCUCUACAUCCGGCCUGUUAUUUCAUUGUCGAUUGCAAUAUUUCCUUGAAUCAUGAUUCCCGCGUAAGUCAACAUGCCUUGACGGUCAGAUGAUGGUCGGGGACGUUUAGUAUCUAUGUCGUUAAGCCCCUGCUGUAGGCUUCCUAAUUGUCUGUCUCGCGUUCAGUCAGUCCAGGUCUUCUCACCAAGAGAUGGAACAGUCCAGGAUGCGCAGCCAGUCAGCCUGUGUUGUGGCACUGCGUGCGCAGUUUUUGGAGGUCACAGUUUUAUUAUACCUCGUCAAUGAAAGCUGUUGCAAAGACCUGCAUUCUACUAGCGUUUAGGCGGCUUUUAUUUUAUUCCUUACGACGUUUAUUAGAAUGAGCUACAGCCAACACUAGGGGCAUUAUGACUGGCUGGGUACUUAGUGCCAUAGCAUUGUGUCGGUCUUGGCGGAGACAACUGAGGUCGACCAGUUUUCGGGGACCUAGGCCUGCCUGACGUUGCGGGAUUGCCGUACCACCUUUUAAAAUAUGUCCUUCUCCCCGUAGUAUUUGCCGCCCAAUUUCUUUUCAUAAAAUCGAUUAUCUUUGUGAGACUAUCAUUGAUAAAGCAGAAGCUUAUCCGCAUCCCUGGGUACUUCUCUCGGCAAAGAUCGUGGUUCUACGGUGAUUCUCUAAAAUACACAAACCAUAUUGGACGGUUUUAUUUUGCGUUUUGGGGCUCAUGACAACUACGUUCGUGGAGUUUCGCGUUGUUUGUCCUUUCUCUCAGAACUACGGAAAGAAGGCAUCAGUGUCCCCAGGGGCCACAGGCUUCUAUGCUUGCAGGCAUCAGCUGAAAUUCAGUCGACCUUCAAUGUUUUUCUUCACAGUUGUCGAAUGACCUACUAUCUGUCUCAGGGAUUUGAGCGAUACAGUGCCAGCUUUACUUUUUACUGGCAGAAGUUUGCAAAUGUCCUCGUUGUAAGUUGGAGAUGGAUACUUUGCGACCUCACGAAAAUUCUCAGCACAAAAGUCCCUAAUGAAGAAAUUUCACGAAGACAAUAUUCUUUGGUCUGGACUAAGUAACAGAGCAGUCUUUGAAAACUGUUAGUCAUAUAAGGUCUUGAUAGCAGCAAAGUCGAUUAUGUUAUGGUAUCCUGCAAAGUCCUAAACUUCCUAUCCUUGACUAUGUAUCAAAGUUUAAACAUCCCCAGAGGCCUUUAUUGCAGUGUUUGCACUCAGGAAAACACAGAUUAGGUUGUUUGGCUUAUGUAAGUCUGUUACAGUGUAUUGGUCUCGGACAGCAGUCAUUAGAUCUUCUCAUACAGGCGAAAUACAGUAGGUGGGCUAACUCAUGAAAUGUCAACCGAAAUUCCUAAACGCGUUUUCGUUUCGAAAAUAUUAAGUAAGUAGGGUUGUAAAAUUAAUCGUCGUGCAGCCUAAUUCUAUAAUAAGUCAAUUACCUCAGGGUGCCGGCUUUUGAAAGAAUUCCUUUUCGGCUGCACGCAGAAACUUUACUUUGUAAAAAAACAACUACUUAAGUAGCAUGCAUUUUUCUCAUUGAUUUUCGAUGUCCUUAAAAAUCCAGUAAGAUUUCAUGGCAAACAUGCAUAAAAAUAUUCAUUCUUUUACUCAUUCGGUCGAAAAUUACGUCUUCUUUCAAUUUUGCACUCGAAGAAAGGGUAUAAUUCGACUUUAAAAUGUUUCUAAUUGUGAGAUUUUUAAUACCGUGAAAGGCGAGUUGUAAAACUAAUCAUUCUGCAGUAGAAUUCUAUAAUAAUUCAGUUACCUCAGGAUGGCGGCUUUCGAACGAACUUCUUUUCUGUCGCAUGCAAAAAGCACACUUUAAAAAAUGACUACUUAAAUUGCAUGCAUUUUUCUCAUUGAUUUUCCGCGCCCCUAAAUGUCCAAUUACAUUUCAUGCGAAACAGGCAUACAACUAUUCAUUCUAACGCUCAGUCGAUAGAAACUUUCGUCUUCUUUCAAUCUUAUACUUGAAGGAAGGGUAUAAUUCGGUUUUUAAAGACUUUUCCAGUUCCCGAAUCGUUACACUUGGAUUCAAGUUUACGAACCUGCAAGCCGUAUAUUUUCCGCGUGCGGAAAACCACACAUUUCUCGAAGGUAUUAAGAUGAGACUAUAUGGGGUUCAUAAAAUUUAGCAGUGGAUUUGAUCCACGCUGUUAACUUUACAGGACACAUUGGCAAAUGCAGAGACAUUACGUCUUAUGAAUGGCCAUUUCAUUCUAACGAAUGAGUAAAAGAAUUACUAUUUUGUGUAUGCUUUCCUUGAAACGUAUUUGGACAUUCAGGAGCAUCGAAAAUCAAUGAGAAAAAUUCAUACUGCUUAAGUAGUCACUUUUACAGGAUAUGGUUUUCGCAUGCAACUGAAGGAAGUUCUUUCAAAAUUCGGCACCCUGAGGUAACUGAAUUAUUACAGAAUUAUACUGCAGACUGAUUAGUUUUACAACCCUACUUAAUUAAUCUUUUCGAAACGAACACGCAUUUCGGAAUUUCGGUUGACAAUUUAUGAAUUAGCCCACCUACUGUAUCUUCUUAGUCCUACCUCCUUUAAUUUUGUUUUAGGACUGAUUCAAUUUACUUGAACGGCUGCCGUUAAGAAAGUAGGCCAGAUCACUCUAAAUGUCUAAUCUCUUCCUGCCCUUAAGCAUUCGGCUCGUCUCUGCGGCUACUCAAAUAAAGCGAGGCUACUGAUAAAAAUGGAUGGAAUCAUAGAAAUUUCGCUCGAGUCCUCCGCAAUACACUCCACUUUACGUGUUAAGCAAACUGGAUAUGAAGCCGUCGGUUGCCGAAAAAUAUGCUAGACAUAACAACAAGGAGUACAUGUCAGUCUUUUGCGUAAAAACGUUUUCGCUUGCUGUUUAAAAACAGGCUGGCGGGAGGGUUCCGCAUGGGGCGAUAAGAGUAAAUGAGAGCAACCGAGAUUAACGGGGCCAAACCUGCGAGACUCUUCAAAGAAUAUGAAAAUCUAUCCUUUGAUAAUCAGUGAAAACUCGCGAAAGCGGUCGUUGUUCACACCAGUGUCUUGGCUCCCAUAAGAGUAUCGGUUCAAUUACCGUUAGUUUUUAUAAACCACGGCAGAGAAGAAUGUGGGUACAAGAUAACAUUUGUCAGAAUCCCGCGCAGCGCAUAUUUGGACCAAAACAUUUGAAGAUAAACCUUACUAAACCAACCAAUCAGUGUCUGAUCAGCCAGCAAUAUUUCUGCCUUUUGGUUGCAAAAUACAGGUUGGAUAUAUUUGUCUGAAAACUGUCGUUGCCAAAAAUAUGCAACACCUUCUUUGGGUAGAUGCAGAUUCUUUGGAAUUUAUACGAGAUGCUACCAAACAGAUCGCGAGCGCACAUCUGCUGUCCUGUUGACAUGGCCAUGCGGGUUUGCAGUUGAGUCCUAACCAGUCAUAUUUGCGCGUCUUUUUGAUUUCUGAGUUAUUUUCCACUGACAAACAUUUUGCUUUGUAAUACUCCAAUCUGGCCCUCUAUGUUGAUGAGCAGCUUUACUACGUUCGACGCCAGGGGUUCGCAAGCAUGUAUUUCUAAAUACUCAAGUCAGAAUAAAGGUAUGGAAACGGCCUCAGUGCUUAUCAAACAGCAAAUCCUAAGGACGGUAUAGCAAUUAUCUCUCGAAAGUUGACCGAUCUGAUGAAAUGCUGACCAAAAUUUCAAAAUGCGUUUUCGAUUAGGAAGGAUCACUUUGGCUGGGUUGUAAUACCGAUUAUCUUGCGGCAUAAUCCUGUAAUAUUUCGGACUCGGCAGAAUGUCAGCUUUUGAAUGCAUUUCUUUUCAAUCUUCUGCAGAAACCGUAUUUGGUAAAAAAAUAACAACCCAUGUCCCAUGCAUUUUUAUCAUUGAUUUUCGAUGGUCUAUCAAAUCCAAAUAUAUUUUAUAACGAACAUAAACAAAAACACUGUUUCUCUCACUCGUUUAAUAGGAAAUCAUGUCAACCUCAUAUUUUAUACUCGAAGAAUGAGCAUAAUCACAGUGGGUGACACAAAUCAUGAAAUGUAUCGAAAUUUACGAAUGAUUGCUAAUCACUCGCGAACCGACACCAAUCUGUGAAUCCAAUAUCUAUGCUAGUAAAGCACAAUUUUAAGAGAAUUAAAAGCAUAGAAUAAAUAAUAAGGGCAAUGUUGUGUUGUUUAGAAAUGCCAAUUUUUUAGAAAAGCGCAAAACCCCGGAAAACGUGACAUGAUUCCCUAUUAAACGAAUGAAAGAAAGAAUAUUUUUGUCUAUGUUCGUUAUAAAAUAUAUUUGAACUCGCAAGACUAUCGAAAAUGAAAAAUAAACGUGCAUGCGACAUAGGUAGUCAUUUUUUACUGGAGAUUAAAAAGAUGUCCAUUCAAAAGCCGACAUCCUGCGGCAAGAUAAUCGAUAUUACAACCUAACCAAAGUAAUCCUUCCUAAUCAAAAACGCACUUCAGAAUCGUGGCCAACAUUUUAUGGGAUCAUUCACUCACUGUAAGUAUCUCUUGCCGAUCUGUCAUGACUAAAAGAUGGAGCCCCGAACGGGUUUGACAUAACGUGAAGUUUCGAUACUAUGCAGGCAGUCGUACAGUGCAAAAAUCCAUUAUCAGAAAGGGUCACUGACCGAGACAGGGGUGAAUGCAGUGACGAUUUUUAACAUACUUGCAGUCACCAACCCGGCACGCCCGGACAACAUAGACGGACGACUUGGAGCUACGACGUGCGUUAGCGGACCACCAAGCAUAUGAGUCCAAAUAUCUGCCAUACAUCACAGACGAAAAUCCUGCCAACCAUGACUGGCAACAUAAAUAGUUAAGUGUAAAUGAAAGUGACGGGCGAUUCCUUAUUGACUUGGAGCUUCGGUCCGGGUUCUUCAUUUAGUUAGAUGGCUACCGGCGCUCAGUUUGCGACGCGUCACCGGCAGGGAGAAUGAAAACUGUAGUUCAACAGCAGUUGCUUCCAGACAUCGAUCUAGAACAACUUGACCGUGUGCUUGGACGGCGGUCUGAGCUUUUACUUCAAUUCGGCAGAUUGCCAAGUAUUUGGCUUAAACGUUUUGUCAUUCAGACAUUGAAAUACUAUGACCAGGGUUUCAGGAACAGGAGGCGUUGGUCACAAAUGCUCGAUUAAAAUUUAUCGGCUUUGUCAACAUGCCCCCCAGAGAACCCCUUACAUCCUUAACAAGUCAGCUAGAAACACUAACGAUCAAGAAAUUUGCAGAAACGCCUGUCAUUAAAUACAGUAAUCAACGGGCUUUAAUAAUCCUUCAUUUAUGAUAAUAGUUGACCUGGACUAAUAUCCUGAUAUUUGCUUCAGUCUUAAAAGUUAUUUAAGACGUACUCCUCCUGACGGGUUCUCGCGGAAAUAUCCUACAUCUGCGAGAAACUGGCAACCAAGCGUCCUGCGUAUUGCCCAACCCAAGGGGAGCUCAAAGCCUAGUCCCCAGUCCAGCACUAGCUUCGACUACUACUCGUUAACCUGAAUCCAUGUUACCUAAAGGAUUUAAAAAGUGCAAACUGAAGAAGUUCGCCGGUGCGCUCACGAGGACAUGCCAGCGAGCUUCAAUUUGAAAUGUACAUUUCCAGCGCAGAUGACCUUUCUCAUCUGUAUAUGCCUCAGGUAGCAUCUCUUCAUGCACGAACGUCGUUAUCUCAUACAGCCUAACUGCCUGCCGGCGAGUUGCUUCCAUUUCCCCAAAAAACACUCGUGCUUCCCGGUUGUUGGUGAUUUCGUGUUUCUUCUAUCUCUUUCAGCCUGUGAGCAGGAUGACCUACUAGGCAUGAUCUCGCUUGCUAUUACCGACACCCAGAUCACGGCCUCCUCAGUUCUGAAUAGUCCAUGGUCUAAGGACUGCGCGCCAGCUAAUGGACGUCUGUAUCUGCCCAAUGGUUUGGCGUGGUGCCCCAAGUACAAGUCUUCUACAGAGUGGCUCCAAGUGGACCUCGGAAUUCGUGCAACGGUACUCCUAAAAAGACCACCUUGGUUUUUCCUAUUCUGACUGAUUAAAUAGGGAUAUCUGGAGCAGGACGUAUUAACGUGUCCUCACAGAUUAAGGCUUAAACUGAAAAUUUGCAAUUUCCUAUGUAGGCGUAUUGUCGACGAUGAGCAGACUCGCUUAAACGGUUAGCUUUUUGCUAAAGCGACUUUAGUGAAUAAAACAUAUAAAACUCGAUUUUACGGCCAUGUAUGUCACAACAUUUAUUUCUUCUACAGAAGACAUUUUGGUCAGUCUCCAAAUAAUUUUAAACUCUUGCUUUGCAAAAAAAACUCUACUUUUUCACCUCAGUUUGAGUGCAAUCUUCGUAAGUUUGCUGAACUACAAGUGUGAUUGCGUUUGCAAGGGAAAUAUUCCUUCGUACUAUUUGUAGUGGCGAUCUGCACGCCAACACUUUUGGUGUUUGGAUGCUAUAAAAUUCUUUCACUUAUGUUAAGAACAAAAUUGACUUUUCAGUAGUGCGAGAAGACCAAGUCAUUGAUAAACUGGCGUAUGAUAUGCCCAAAAUAGCCAUUAAUAAUCUUUUAAGACUUUAAGAGCGUCAGAUAUUCUGUUAGACCACGUCUAUACAAUUAGUAACUAAAAAUGAGUUACCUGGUUUCCUUUGGAAUUAUCAAACUUUGUUCGCAUUACGCAGCUGCAUGGCAUGAAUGCAAAUGCCUUCAUCUAUAAUUUGUAUUUCUUUUUCCAGAAAGACAUUUUUUGGAUCUUAUUAGCUCUAAAAGGCGGCUUCCUUAUGUAUUUACAGUGCGCAAUCGCCCGAAUUUGUGUUUUGAAUUGACACAUAUGGUGCUAGUAGUUAAUAUCGUUUCUGUUGUUGAGGCUGCAAUAUUAACUACAUUUCGUCCUCUGUCCUCCAGAUAAAACAUCGCGUCAUAAGGCGUGUAGCCCAGCUGAAAUAAAGUCACAGUACACCUUUUAGCCCGGAAAAGAAAGAGGCACUUGUGGUUUGAUAACGUCACAAAGCAGUUAUCACAAAUUGCUCUAUAAAGUGUCGCCUGACAAAAUCCUCUCAUUCAUGACUAAAAUGGAAACAUUAGCGCCGCAUUAAACGGGCGAGUGAGGUAGCAAAUGCCUCGUCGUAUAAACAGUUUACACACACCAGAUGUUUUAAAAAGCAACUUUGUACACUAUGAUAUUGUUAAUAUCCUAGUAUUAGUCUUUAGUAAUCGACCUGUGUCGAAUAGGAUUCACUAUAAAUAUGUCCUAUUUACAACAAAAGGCGUCGACUGUGAUCGUAAUGGUUUACUGAAGCAGACUUCAAGUCUGUCGAACGCUUUGCUCUCGUACACACUACGCUUUUGUCGGCAGCCUUCGAGUUAAUUUUGCAAGGCAUCUGGAGCGGAGAGCUGGUUUGUAGCCGAGGUUCUAACGACUUUAGGUGUUGGUGUAGUUUACAAACACAGCCUGCUGCGCAGCUUCAACCUGAGGCACGAAUUUGUCUGAUUCACUUUGGCCUUGGAGCUGUACGCUCUUAGGUGGCCACUGUGUAACGCGGAAGCACACGAAGGCCUCAAACUACGCACAUAAUUAACACUCAUAAGGCCUCAAAAGGGCGGAAAAACUUAAAGACGAGACCCGACUAUGCCGCCGUUUAGUGCCGCUCACCAACUUUAUUGCAAUUCCAUGCAAAUUAACUGCCUACACGACCUAAAGCGCAGCCUUUAAAAGGCAAAAGGGGAAUUGUUUGAGGCAGUGGGCCGUGGUGGCCUGCUAGCUGACAUAUGUAUUUGACGUAGGUAAUUUUUUUUAUAAAAGUGUAAGUCUAUUUGGUAGUGGAGGCGCAUUGCUUUACUUCUCACAAACAAGGCCAAAAUUCCCGGUUCCCGAAAAAUAAUACCGAAUGACGAGACGUUACUCCGCUGCAUCCUUAAUAUAGACAUGAGUUUGAAGUAGACCAUGUUCACGAAUAAGGGACGGAUGAUUAUGUUCCAGGUGUAUCUACGAGUAAGGUAGAACAGGAGGUUUAUCGAGUACCGGGACCAUUUCUUUAUGUCCGAGUUUACAGACGCGUACCAGAGUCUAUUCUCAGAGAUGACAAUAUCUCUAAAGGACAAAUGACGGUUAUAGAGCUUAUUACCCAAUUAACGGCCAGUAUUACGAGUUCGAAGGUGACUCUGUGUGCGGACGCUAGAUCAGUACAUUGGUCGAUUGUAUUCGUAUCAUAGACCUACAGUGCGUGACCUAUCUCAUGAAAUGUUGGCUGAAAUUCUGAAGGAUUACUUGGUCGCGAUUACUAUUACUUUUACUAUUUCUUUUAGUCAAUCACUAGAGAAGCACGUCUUCUUUAUAUUUCAUACUUAAGAAAUGGGUAUAAUUAGGUUUUAAAAAAGUUUUCUAAUUGCCGAUAAAUUUGAAGCCUGAUCAUUCGUUGCAUUAGUGCUUAGCGAUUACACUCUACAAGGUGCAUGCGUUCCGCGUAAAGAAAAUCCCAUAUUUUUCUAUGUCAUUAAAGAGAUAUCAUACAGGGUCCAUAAAAUUUUGCAAUGGAUGCGGACCAUGUACAUUUCAUGAGGAGCAGUGGUAAACGGCCAGGUACGAUGCUCUGUGAAUGGACAUAUCGCGGUCUUAAAAAGUCUCAUAAUUAGAAACUUAUUUAAAACCUAAUUAUACUCCUUCCUUAAGUAUAAAAUAUAAAGAAGACGUGAUUCUCUAUUGAUUGACUAAAAGAAAGCACAUUUUUGUUUAUGAUUUCUAUAAAAUACAUUUGAAUUUCCAAGACCAUCGAAAAUCAAUGGGAAAAAUGCAUGCUACUUAAGAAGUCAUUUUUUACCGAGCCCGCUUUCUACAGGAGAUUGAAAAGAAUUGCAUUUUAAAGCCGACAUCCUGCCGAGUCGGAAAUGUUAUAAGAGUAUGCCUUAAGAUAAUCAGUAUCACAACCGCGACCAAGUAAUCCUUCCUAAUCGAAAACGCAUUUCAGAAUUUCAGCCAACAUUUCAUGAGAUAGGUCACGCACUGUAGGUCUCUGAUACGAAUGCAAUCGACCAAUGUACUGAUCUAGGCUUAAAACAACUCUCGGCUUGUCUUGCUUUCGACACUGCCAAUUAUCAUAACGUCUACGAACCUCUAGUCGUGGUCAGUUUCGAAGGUGUGGACAGCCAAAUGCGAUAAUUCGGCACUCUGUCGCACCGCCGGCUUAUGCCUAUAUGUGCGCAAUCCGGCAGUGCGUUUGGCCUGACGUGCGUAACUAAACCGGCUGGUUUACAGGCUCAGAGAGUCGGCUAGUGCGUGGAAGAGGAGAGUGAGAGCGAAAGCAAUCCUGGUCAAUCCAUCCGCACGGCACUUUAGAGCAUCCCUCACUCUGGUAAAUGUGACACACAUUGAAACUCUCACGACGCGCUAAAAGUCGUGGCUUGGAAGACUGCCAAGUGACAGGGCAAAUCGAUUCUCUCAAUCAAUACGGUGUGCAUGUGGGGUAACUAGCUCAAAGACUGCGAUCCAGAUUCAAAGGCUCCUUGGCACUCUGACUGAGAUGGGAUCCGAACCGCCUCCUUCUCUUUGUGAAAACCUAGACCACUGCGCUAGGACCGGGUCGUGUGUUGCGGGUGCUUGGCGCCCUGUCCGCUGCGCGUCACAUUUGCUCUCGGGCUCCCGUGCAACUUCGAGCACAAUGAAAAUUAACCAAGUUGUUCCUGUGCUUGAGCAGCCUCCUUCUUUUUUAUUCAUAGACAAAGCUAGUUGGGCACGGAAAUACCUGUAUGAUAUAAGUUUUCGAACCUGUUUCCCCAGCUCGUAGUCAGACUUAUGAACAAUGUAUACAAGCACUUAAACGCUGCCACAUCUAACGACAGAUUUUGUGGCUGUAUGAACUUUGUGCCAAUAGGCCAUCAUGACAUUCGGCUACCAGGUGGGGUGAGGUAACUGUGUCAGUCUCCGCUGAUUCUUGAUAAUAUUGUACGUAGUUUUUAAAUGAGCAUGCCAACUGAUGCAUAUCUUGUCUCAGUACACCGCUUCUAGAAACUCACUGAUACGUGUUUAGGCAGGUGCCAGUAGUGAGCGUUUUCCAACUUGCAAGCGCGUACCUUGUUUCUAGUGCGUGCAUGAAUACCUGAAACAAACUGCCUUGACUCCUCAUCAUUAGCUGCUUAUCACAUAUACCGCAGAUGCGGGUUUUUAGGUUUGGCCGCAGUAGAUUGCAUCAUAGCUGGCGCGUAGAAUUUUACGAAUUAUUUCCUCUCUACCGAUAUUGCCAUAGGAUGUAUACGCUGGAUGCGUAAGGUAGUCAUAAGUCCGUAUGCUACCUGCGUCCGGUGUUUUUUGGCUGACUGCCGACUUUGCUAUUUCCCAAAGAACUUGAUCUAUUCCAGCACAUGCCCACUAAUAAGGCGUCGCCCGUACACUUUUCUUUGGCGUUGGUGUUGAUGCUUGUGCCCAAGCAGAGUCUCACUUUUUUCGCUUCCUUCCUCUAUCUCUUCUUAAUUGUGUUUAGGGUUGCCAUAGCUUUCCCACCCCAACACCUAUUUAGCGUUCCUUCGGUCCCUUGCCAAGACAACGGUGAAACAGCAAGCCUGACAACAAAAGGAAACGAAUAGUCCGCAUACAUGGGCACUUUAGCGGCUUGCCAGGUGUUGCGCCUGUCAUGCCUGACAUCACUACCGUCUCCUUUUUCUGACGUCACCAGUGGAGGUGAGGGUGUGGAUGUUAGAACACUGUUCUCGCAACCUCCAAUUUGAAUGUAACACCCAGUCGGCUAUUACGCCUGCGUUUUCUCUCCUUGCCCUCAGACUGGUUAAAGUUUUUGGCUACGUCUGCCUACGUUCAAGAGACCACCCGCAUUAUUGGCAUGCUCAUUCCAUUCGCUCUUUACCCUUGACCUUUGAAUUCGAUUUUUAAGUGUGCUUGGAUAAGUGAAAGUUGGAAGGGUUGAUCUUCCGAACUUUGCGUCAUUUCACUCAUUUUUUUCGGUUAGACUCUCACAUUAACGUCCGUGUUUGCCUAGUGAGACCAGUCGUUUCUGGAUCGAUCGUAGUUCAAUUUUCGACGCCAUACCCUGUCCAACUUUCCGAGUAGGUGUGUGGUGGAAAUUGGAAUAGACACCGGCCAUGAAAAUUCUGUUAGCUGCAGAUAACGAAAUGUAUGCGUGUUCAGCUAAUUCACUAAGAUUUUCUUACUCUCCUCGCAAUCUUAUAUUUAUCUUUUGCGGCACCUGCAUCCGACAACUUCCUCAAAAAAUCAUUUUUAACCAUCUCACUCAUUAACGCUCAUAUGACCAGCAAGCACAAUUACGGUUAACAUCAAUAGUACUGAAAAUACGAUUCCCAGGUGGUAUAUCAAAAGAAGAGGGGGCGUUCACCGGAAGAGGUUUAUUUGAGGUCCGACGUUUCGAGUAGUUCAUUCGUCGACCCAUCUUCAGAGACUGGGAAGUCCUGUGCACAGCUCCCCUUAUAAUGGUGCCCUUUGUCCAAUGCGUGAUCCGCCAAUGCCGCCUGUGUGGCUGCAUCCAACCCGCAUGUCACCGUGACCUGAAUCGCCCCCGUCGGCCGCGGAGAUGACUGACGGCGACAUUAUAAGGGGAGCUCUGCACAGGAUUUUCCAGUCUCUGAAGAUGGGUAGACGAAUGAACUACUCGAAACGUCGGACCUCAAAUAACCCCCCCCCCCCCCGGUGAACGCCCCCUCUUUUUUGACAGUUAUUGUUUUCUGUCCGAUAUAUUACAUUCGACGAAAAUAAGUUUUACCACUUCCUAUUGUUCCUGUUGUACUGCAAGUGUGCAAGAAAAUGUAGUGGAUUUCCUUUAAAUUUAUAACUACUGUAGGUGAUGUUUAAGUGCUCAUGGCAUAGCAAAAGCCCGUCAUUAUAGUUUGGCCGCCACAAGUAACGGGGUCCGACACUGUUUCACGAAGCGCUCGUUAUUUGUUUAUAGUGGGGCAGCCUUGCUAUGCAUUUACUUUAACUUUUCCUCCGGCAUCCGCCGCAGUCCGAUGAAAGAUCAAGUCAAGAAGAUCGAACCUGUGUGUAAGUGCAGCGGUCAAAAGGUCUGCAAGCGUGUGCUACGCCAGUAUCAUCAAACUGUCGCUAUCUCGGUCUGGUACGGGCUGGCAGUUCCCUGCCGGUAGAUGCGCUUGCGCUCCUGAUGGGUAUGCAAGUGGUAGGGAUGGCUGCCCGGUCAUCAUCCUUGUCCUUCUAAUCCCUGUUGGGGUGAUGUUGUAGUUGCUGCUCAAAAACCUGGUCAUUUCCUAUGGGGGCCGGGGGGAUGGAGUGGAACGCGGACGUGCAGGCUCGACCGCGCCAUCCACCUGCGCCCUCCACCGCCCCCGGUCUUCCAGACUCUGUCUUGACACCGGAUGCCGGUGGGAAAUUGGGAGGAUAGACUGCGGUAACUGCUGCGCAAGUCCACUAUCACAAUUAAUUAAUUCACGUGCAAGUCACCGUGUCUGCUUCACCUUUCAGUGGAUCACGCAGUGGACAUCGCCGGCAACGACGAUAGAACUGUAGAGUGCGGUGGUGAACAAAGUUAGACUACAUGUGCCACACACAACGUGGUACUUAAAACCACGUUAGUCAAGAUUCAUGUAGGGACUCUUACGGUAGUCCAGACUUUGGACCACUGUUCACAGGGGUAACAGUCAUUUCAGUUCCCUUUCUAAUCGUUUUCAGAUCACCGGUAUUCUUCUACAGGGUCGUGGCGACGGCCGUGAGUGGGUGUCCUCGUUCACUGUCUCGUUCAGCAACGACGGCAACUUCUGGACAGCGAUACUUAACCAGUACGGGAACGUACAGGUAAGCAACAUCUAGAUGUUAUUGCCACAGUUUCACCCAAGACUGUCCAGUAGGGCGGUGAUUCACUUUCACGAAACCGCGUCACUGCAAUGUUACCCGCUACUUUUGCAGAAAAAAGUGUAUAAAUACGUCCUCCUCAUCAUAAUAGAGCAAAUCGCCCUUUCAAAAGUGAUGUCAAAUGAACUGUUACACAUGGAGCCAAUUAGUCCUACAAUGAAGGAAACAUCGCUGAUAAAGCGUGACUUCACAUGUUAAAUCAAAAGAGCGACGUCUUAUUGCCACUGUGCUAAGUACGGUAGGUGGGCUAACUCAUGAAAAGUCAACAGAAAUUCCCAAAUGCGUUUUCGAUUCGCUAAGAUUAAUUAAGUAGGGUUACAAAACUAAACAGUUUGAAAUAUAAUUCUAUAAUAAUUCAGUUACCUCAGGAUGCCGAAUUUCGAAAGAACUUCCUUUGGUUGCAUGCAAAAACUACACUCUAUAAAAAACGACUACUUAAGUAGGGUGCAUUUUACUCAUUGAUUUUCGAUGCCCCUAAAAGUUCCAUUAUAUUUCAUGGAAAACAUACACAAAAAUAGUUAUUCUUUUACUCAUUCGGUAGAAAAUUACAUCUUCUUUCAGGUUUACACUCAAAGGAGGGACAUAAUUCGGAUUUAGAAAAGUUUCUAACUGUGGAACUUUUAAAUACCGUGAAAUGGCCAUUCAUAAAUCGUCAUGUCUCUGCAUUUACCAAUGUGGCCUGUAAAGUUACCAAUAUGGAUCAAAUCCAUUGUUAAAUUCUAUGAACGAUAUAGGGUCCCCCUUUAUUACCGUGGAGAAAUGUGUGGUUUUCCGUACGCGGAAAAUAUACGACUUGUAGUUUCGAAACCCUGAAUCCAAAGGUAACGUUAGAACGGGUUCAAAAUUAUCCGGGAAUUGGAAACGUUUUUAAAAACCAAAUUAUAUUCUUCCUUCGGGUAUAAAAUUAGAAAAAGACGUAAUUUUCCACCGAAUGAACAAAAGAAUGAAUAUUUUAUGCAUGCUUUCCAUUAACUAUAAUUGGACUUUUAGGGGCAUCGAAAAGCAAUGAGGAAACUUCAUGCUAAUUAAGUAGUCAUUUCUUAAAGAAUGUGCUUUCUACAUGCGACCGGAAAGAAGUUUGCUCUAAAGCCGGCAUUCUGAGGUAAUUGAAAUAUUAUAGAAUUAUGUUGCAGGCUGACUAGUUUUACAAUCCUACUUAAUUAAUCUUUUCGAAACGAAAACGCAUUUGGGAAUUUCGGUUGGCAUUUCCUGAGUUAGCCCACCCCCUGUACAUCCAUCACCUUAGGUAAGAAACGUUAGCGAGUGGUUCGUAAUGCCAUUGUCAAACCCGAGACCUUCAGUUAAAACUCACUUAUCGUUGAAAAGAAUUGCACUUAAUAUGCGUUUCUUAUUGCAUCCAGCGCCCAUAUCUAAGCUUCCGCGUACUGACGCUGCGUCCUUUUCAGAGGACUGAUUUUUAUCGCACGCCCACACAAGCGUAUAUAUGACCAUCCCAGUGUCCGCUUGUCCUUGUCAGUGUCCCCUCCUACUGGGUUCUGUGUGACUGCCUGCGAAAACACUAGAUUGAGGUCCAAGGCGCAACGGGGACAGUGUGUCCCACAACUUGAUCGGUGAACGCCCAUCUCGCGGUAUUAUGCAUGCACACCCAGCUGGCGCAUUUGAAGGCUCCCUGGGCGGCGGGCAAACCUCAUAACUCAAAUUCCUAAUGAACACGAAAGCAAUAGCUUAAGCUUUCACGAGACAGAUAUCGUAAUCAUGGGGGGGGAGUUGAGACACUCGUUGACUGCAUUUGGAAAAGCGACAAUGACUUCCAUGGUUCUAGAAUAAGUCCCGAACAAGCCGGAUACCAACAGAAUUCGGGGGAAUGGGCAAAUGACAAGGGACUUUAUCUGGGCAUCAUGCAUAAUGCUAACACGCACAUUCCGCCGAAGCGCUUGUCUCUUAUUUUUCAUUCAGAGAAACUCUGAGGUGAAUGACGCCUGCCACAAAAUUACCAGCUUUUCUCUUAACCAAUAUACUGGGUGCCUUAUAAAAGGUACCGCAGUUAACUGACUGCCGGUUUUGGGCGUCAUGGCUAUAGGGGCAUGUUCGUUAAUCUUUUAAGCAUUUGAAGUUGUUAGCUAUGAAGAGUAGGUGGGCUAACUCAUGAAAUGUCAACAGAAAUUCCGAAAUGCGUUUUCGUUUCGAAAAGAUUGAUUCAGUAGGGUUGUAAAACUAGUCAGCCUACAACAUAAUCCUAUAAUGUUUCAGUUGCCUCAGGAUGCCGGCUUUCCAAUGAACUUCCGUCCGUCUGCAUGCAAAAGUCACAAUCCGUGAAAAACGAUUGCUUAAGUAAAAUGCAUUUUUCUCAUUGAUUCUCGAUCCCCCUAAAAGUCCAAUUGUAUUUCAUGGAAAACAUGCAUAAAAAUAUUCAUUCUUUUCCUCAUUCGGUAGAAACUAACGUUGUCUUCUAAUUUUAUACUCAAAGGAGGGACAUAAUUCAGUUUUAAAAAAGUUUUCAAUUGUGGAACUUUUAAAUACCGUGAAAUGGCCAUUCAUAAAUCGUCAUGUCUCUGCAUUUACCAAUGUGGCCUGUAAAGUUAACAACAUGGAUCAAAUCCACUUCUAAGUUUUAUGAACCCUAUAUAGUCCCCCUUUAUAUCGGUAGAGAACUGUGUGGUUUUCCGUACGCGGAAAAUACCCGGUUUUUAGUUUCGAAACUCUGAAUCCAAGUGUAACGGUAGAACGGGUUCAAAAUUAUUCGGAAAUUGGAAAAGUUUUUAAACACCGAAAUAUACCCUUCCUUCGAACAUAAAAUUGGAAGACGUCAUUUUCUACCGAAUGAGCAAAAGUGUGAAUAUUUUCAUUUAUGUUUUCCAUGAAAUAUAAUUAGACAUUUAGGGACAUCAAAAAUGAUUGAGAAAAAUGCAAGCAAAUAUGAAGUCAUUUUUAAAGAGAGUAGUUUUUGCAUGCAGCCCGAAGGAAGUUCAUUCAAAUGCCGGCAUCCAGAGGCAACUGAAAUGUUAUAGAAUUAUAUAGCAGGCUGACUAGUUUUACAAGCCUACUUAAUUAAUCUUUUCGAAACGAAAACGCAUUUCGGAAUUUCGGUUGACAUUUCAUUAGUUAGCCCACCUACUGUAGGUAGUGCGCUCCCCUGCCGGAAUCCGAUAUAAAGCAAAUAAGGCAAACCUUGCCAUUUGGGGUCCCCUGUCUUUUUCAGUGUCACCAGUCAGAGGGCUGGUAGUCGACGCCAAAAUGGUUAGACUUCCAGCCUUUAGAUUAACAAUGCUACAUUUUAAACCACUGUGAUAUGAACAAGGGGGGCACGGCCUAAUUACCUCGCCCGUACUUCUGUUUAAGAUCAUAAGCAGUGGCGCGGGUCGAGGUGUUUUGACUGUGGCAUGUUUGAGCGGCCUGUACUGGAAUUUAGGUUUGACUACUUUUAGACUACAUUAACAAAGCGUAAGAAAAAUGAGCACGCCCGAGAGGCGAAUAGCAACCCGUUUACUCUAAAGCUGCUGAUUGAUGGAUGCGCCUUCCCAUGCUUACUUUUCAGGUUUUCGAUGGGAAUACGGACUCGUUCCAAGUAAAGCACGCUUACCUCGACUACCCCGUCAUAGCCCGUUAUGUGCGCAUCCAUCCCUUCGCAUGGAACGGACACCCCAGCAUGCGCGUUGAACUUAUCGGCUGCCAGCGUAAGAAUGUUUUAAUGAGCGCGAAUUUAAUCAACCGACUGAGAUAGGGGUAUAUAAAACUGUCACCAAUAUUCACGUUCAUCCUGCUGUCACUAUCCCUUGUUCUGAAUCUACUGUAAGCGUUUUCUCCUUCGAGCUCCAAGAACUUCAAUUAAAAUUGCGAAGACUACUUAAUAGGGAACACUCUACUGAUUUUAUUAAUAAGGCCAAAUGCGAUAUGUGAAUUAAGCCUAUUCACCAUCAAUUCAUUGCAAAUUCAGUGGGCAUGGCGUUUACAAAAGGGUUCAUUUGAUGAAGAUUAUUUACUUCUAAACAUUAUUGGCUAAUUCAUUUCCGUUAACAUAUUCAUGGAUAUUCGAGUAAAUCCGUCAAAAAUCUUACAUUUAAACAGAAUCUGAUGGACAUAUGAUUGAAGACAUUCACAUUUAGUACACUUUGGUGCUAAAAUUGUAAGAGGACGCGUCACACAGAAGGGGGAAUCCAAUUAAUAAAUUACUGACCUCGUUGCGAGUGUCUUUUUCCAUAUUCAACCCAUUCUUAAGUUGCCUCAUAUAUACUUUCUUUUUUCUACUCUUUUUUCUACGAUUGCUGACCGUGGACAAUCGAAUAAAGUAAAAGACGACCACAUGAGGGAAAUUCCAAAAUAGCACUCACGCAUGGUGUUAACAGGCGUUUACUGUAAACCAUAGAGACUCAUUAAAAUGUUAGGGGGCGCUCACCGAUCGUUCAUACGGAACUCAUUAAAAACAAUUGAGCAGGUCUGUUCAGUCCCCCCGACACCAAGGUAGGAGUUAAACUGUGCGUUGUAACAUAUCUGAGGUUGAUUAAAAGAACUGAACAUAGUUGGGUACCCGUGAAAUGUACAUUGUUGGGGAUAUUCUGGGGACUAAUUUCGCUUUGAGGCCUCAAGCAAAAUCAAAAAGAGAAAUAAACACUAGUGUGAAACAUCAAUGUAUUCAAUGAGAUCUUGUUUGACACUAGUCCAGUCGCUUCAGCAAUUCGGCAUUUUAGGCCUCAACAAGCGUUCGCCAAUCGAGAUAUGUGAAGCAGCACUUGAAAAUUAGUAGUUUGUUUUUUUAUGCAUUUAGCUGCUGUAGAUCAAAACACAGUUCUUUCGGUGCACUUUAGGCUAAAUAGGAUUGGGGCUGUCAAUUGCGAGCAUUCUGUUGUGUAUUUAGAGAUUCUGGAGCCAGAUGCACAAAAAAUUUUCGAAAAAUGUCUAAAAACUAGGAGGAUUCUAACCAAGGAUAUUUUAAAUAAAUACUUUAACAUAAGGUAUUUUUUGUCGCAGAAACAUUGGCAAUUUUUCAGCCUCCUCCGUCAUUAUGAACAGCUCAUGUCUUUUCAUUGCAGCCUGUAAACAGUUACUCGGAACCCCACCCUACGCCCGGUAUGCAGCAUCCUCGACUCGAAAUAAACGAAACACACGUUCCUGUAAUCCCGAAGAUGGCCACUACUUGAGCAACAGAGCUUGGUGUGCGAAACGCCAGAACGGUGAGUCCUUGUUGAUGGUCUCAUCAAUUUCGGUCUAGACUUCUACACUACUUGCUAUCGAGCAUAUCAUAACCCCGGAUGCGUUCGAUUUCCUUGGUGUCGUUUAAAACUCUUGCAGGUGAUUUUUCUAUUAGAGGAAUAUUUUUUGUGUGAGCAAAAUUUGGUGUGCUAUCGAAAUGGUUGAUUGAAAUUAUUUCAACGCAGUAAGUGUUACGAGCCGUCAAUACGAUAUAACGGUCCGUGCUACUCGCCUUGACAAUCGUUUUGAGCUUUUGCUUCCACUGUCAUGACGUUAAUCACUGCUAGUAUAUACCUCUUUAUCGAAACCAGAUGACCUACUGCUAUAUUUUCACCCGCAGCACUUUUAAAACGUAGACUCCGCACGACAUAAAAAUCUCUGCCUUUCUGUCAAAAGGGAGUUGUCUUAAAAUUCUGGAUAUACAAUCGAGGUCCGUUUAGUUAAGCUGUGCGGAGACUCCAGUGGUAGACGGCUCAUUCAGAUGAGCUUUCCGACCUUGGCUUUCAUUCUAUCUUGCGUUUUGGAUUUAGUUAUUGAUUUUCUAUAUCUCCAUUAAAGUGGGAUGGUAGGAUGCACGAAUCAGUCUGUCGGUCAAUUAUAGAAGCUCAAAACGCACGUAGUCGUGCUAUCUCAUGCAAUGUUAUCUGGAAUUCAAAAAGUUGACUUCAAUUAUAGAAGUCAACUUAGGUAGGGUCGUGAGACAAAGUGUCGUGCGGCAUAAUCACAAGAUAAGUCAGUCACGUCAAGAUGUCGGCCUUUCAACGAAUUUCUUCUCGGCCGCUUGCAGCAACCUAACUUCGUAAAUAAUGAUUACUUGAGCAGUGGGAAUUUUUCUUAUUAAUCUUUGUUACCGUUAUAAAUUCAAACACAUUUUAUAGAAAACAUGCGCAAAAAUUGUCCUCUUGUUCUCAUUUGGAAGCAUAUUACGUGUUCUCUGGAUUUUUUGCUUGACAAAUGAGUAUCCUUUGGUUUCACAAAAUCUUCUCAAUUUCUGAAUAAUUUCGAGACUGACCUGCUUUUUCCCUGUAUUCAGGGCUCCCAGACUACAAGUUGUAUAUCUUCUCUGGAAGAAAACGACAUUAAUAAAUAGGCGAAUACGAUGCUUUGUGGGUAGACAUUUAGCGGUUUGAAGAAAUCUCAUAAUAAAAAACUUGCUUAGAAGAGAAUGACGCCUCUUCUUCAAGUAUUAGAUUUGAGUAAGACGUAAUUUUCUACAAAAUAAGCACAAAAAGAAAAAUCAUUUUUGAGCUUGUUUUGUAAAAAUUAUACAUAGGUGUAAAAGGACACAAAAAACUGAUUUAAAAAUUUCGUACUAAUCGAGUAGUCAUUUUUAGCAGAGUAUAAUCGUUGUAAGCGGCCAAAGAGAAGUUCGUUCAAAGGGCGGGAUUCUGACGUGAUUAAAGCAUAUUGAAAUUAUGCUGUGCCACAAUUAGUCCUACGAAAAUACUUGAGUAAUCUUUUUUAACCGAAGUCGCACUUCAGAAUUCCGGUUCAACUUUCAUGAGAUAGCACAUCUACUGUAAGUUCAAUCGCGAAUUUCUUAAUGUGAUGGUGAUCCUCAAAUCGUAUCCAGAGACUGCUAAAUGUCAUUUUUCGCAAACGACGCAACACGUCCCGUAAAAGUAAACUCCUUCCCUUAGCUCACUGUCAAACAUAAAAAGCGCUUGCUUUAGCCAACCGUACUGAAAUAAAUCGGUACUUUGGCCUCUCUGGUCGGACAUAUGGUUUAUAAUUGCGAUGUUAGGCCUCCACUGUCUUUGUGAAGAUUUUGUCACAAGUAGUUCAGUAAUUUUUAUUCAUUUAGUCAGUCCUAAGGAACAAAUUUUUACUUUGGACUUUGUAACACAAAUUUUGCUACAGAAGUGACAAUGGGAUUUGUUGAGGAUACUCAUUGGAUUGUAUCGAGAAACUGGAUUAAUGAUUUUUGCAUAACCAAUGCUCGAUCAUGGGACCACUCUUUUAUGGUUGUCAUCAGAGCAGUCAUGCUUAUAAAUGCAUUACUUAAAUAGGGGCACCACUGCUAAAGUAUUGUUUCAAUUUCUCGCGUUAUCGAGUCCGCCGGUUUAUUCGUUUCCAGGUCUAUGUCGCCUUGGAUAUGUUGAAAUACCUGCGGUCCGACUAGACCACAGUUAAAAUACAAAGUGCUAUUUAAGGUUUCGACACUAGUUGUGCACGUUUUGCUACUUAUAUGUACCAUAUAAAUGAAGAUGAGGUAUCAAUUAUUCAUUACUGAAUUUUCAUGGCUGCCGACAUCCAUGGUUACAGAACCCAGUUAGCACUAAGAUAUAAGCAUAAUGAUAGCGCUUUUUAUCGCAGCCAAUGGACACUGAAAGUCACGAGACAACCUGGUCUUAUGAUAACCUGUAAAUGAGUAUGAUAAGAUGAGUAUGGGAAAUAUGCGCUCCUAACAAGUUUGUCUGUUUGCCUUUUACACAAAUGACUCUAUAGGCCUAUGUGCCUAUGUCCGUAUUACGCGCCGCUGUGCGGCUGCUGGUUGGGCUACAGAGAAAGCCCUAAGGCAAAACGGGAUGAGUGAGUUCCGUAACACGAUCGGUGAGCGCCCCUCUACCCUAUAUAACUCUGUUGUGUAAUGGUGUGUCACAAGCUACAAGAAUAUGAUUAAGCAGGAGCUGUUUUAACAGUGCAUUGCCCAAUGACGGAGCUAGAAAGGACGUCAACAUAAUUCCGACCAAGGAUUUUUAGUGCAGACGAGCUGCUUCCACCCCCAUUAUUUUAUCGAAUACCAACUCAUCUUGGUCAAUAAUCAAUACUCCGGGCGUAUUUCGGCCGACCUGACGGCUCCUGGUUAGCGGCUGCCAUUUUUUCUCGGGAUAUCAAGGUGCCUAGAGGUGGUUUCGGCAUCUUCUCCACGCGUCCACUCUCCGUCUGCAGCACUAAAACUCUUAAUUCUGCGCUUACCAGGCCUACGCAAAUAGUCGGUAUUGUUUCCAUAACCCCAAACACCAAAACUGGUGGUAACUCAACUAACAAAAGAAAUUAAGUUAAGGGACCGCGCAUACAGACUUAAUUUGACGGACAUAUGGCAAGAACAUCUGAUAAGAUUGAGGUCCACAUCUGUCGUCCCAAUAUAAAAAAACUUAAUAAUCUACCAGCACUCAAGGUUAAUUUUAAAGCACUAGUUACCGUGAAUGGCCAGUGGAGACGCCACUGGAGAUGGAUACAAGCAUCAGCAGUGUCUACAAUGUAUCUGUUGAUAGCCAAAGGAUAC